AUGUCUUUCGAUGUAAAACAACUUCAUACUCUUUCUAACAGUAUACAUAAAGCUGCUUGGUUCUGGGGAGCAAUUGGAAUAAUUGUCGGAUUUGUGAUUGGACUGAUUGCAAUAGUACUUCUUUAUAAUCUGUGUCUGAAGAAGAAGUUCUCGAAAAACAAGACGGACCAGAAGAAUACCACAAAAUCAGUGGAAUCGAAAAAUAAUAAGAAGAUUGGACAGGCAUUGAAUUUAUCUCAAGAUACGAAAAAUUCCAAGGAUACGAAGAAAUCUCAAGAUUCUAAAGAUUCUAAAAAUUCCAAGGAUUCUAAAGAUUCUAAGGAUUCUAAGAACUCAACAGAUUCUAAAGAUACCAAGACUACAAAAACUACAAAAGCCUCAAAAUCUACAAAAGCUACAAAAGCAUCGAAAACUUUGAAAAAGGGAAAAAUUAACUGCAUUUGGAUACAAACAUCAAUAGAACCGGCUUCAAAAGACAAAAUGAAAAGUCUGAAAGGAUCAAAAGAGAAAGGAAAGCCAUUAAAAUUGAAAGCAUCUCAAGAGAAAACAGCAAUCAAUAUUUCUUCACCAGCAAAUUCGAAAGAAACGACAAAAGGAAAACCCAAAAAGCCAUCGUCAACAGAUGUGAAACCAUUGAAGUCAUCUCCAACGAAUACAGCGAAAGGUGGAUCCAAAGAGCCUCUGACUCCAACGAAAAACCUUAAGAGACCAUCGGCUGAAACAACUCCAAUCUCAAAAUCUUCUCCAAAUUCUCCAGUUGGAUCCAAAGAAACUGCUGCAAAAAAGAAGACUGCAUAA